GAAUAUCUGUUAAAAUGUAAUUGAUUUCUGUGAUGCACAGCUGAAUUUUUUCAGCAUCAUUACUCCAGUCUUCAGUGUCACAUGAUCCUUCAGAAAUCAUUCUAAUAUGCUGAUUUGCUGCUCAACAAACAUUUCUGAUUAUUAGCAAUGUUGCGCUGCCCAAUAUUUUUGCGGAAACCAUCAAACAUUUUAUUUUUCAGGAUUCACAGAUGAAUAGAAAGUUUAAAAGAACAGCAUUUAUUUGAAAUAGAAAUCUUUUGUAACAUUAUAAAUGUCCUUACUGUCACUUUUGGUCAAUUUAAUGCAGCCUUGAUAAGUAAAAAGUAGUAAAAAAAAACAAAAAAACAUUUAAGCACAUAAAGCAUGAGUUACUUGUACUUUUACCAUGUUAUUACUGUACUGCCAUGAUGCACAUCCAAAAACAAACAUGGCAUUACCACAAUAGAUUUCUGAUUGAUGAUUGUGAUGACGAUGGUUUGCGGUCAGCAGUGAAUGUCAGCUGUGCGAGCGUCUCUGGUAGUUCAGAUUCGGACAGGUGCAGCUGCUGGAAUUCUCUAAAUAAACACACAGAUCUGCUGCUGACUGAAUCCACCAACUGUUGUGUGUGUUUGGGAACGGCCGUCGCUCCCGCGGGUCAUCUGAACUAGAGCUAACGCACUACAACCAGCAUUACCACCCGCUUUGAGGAUCAGUUCCACACGGGGUCCACUGGUGAAAAUCUGAACCCGGAGUCCUGCUGAAGUUCCCUCUGCUGGUUGAUCAGAGAUCUGCAGGCAUUCGCUGUGAGGAUGAUGAUGAUGAGCCAGUAUGAUGCACUGGAUGACAAGGACUCGCUGGACAUCCAUGACAAUCCUCCGGCCCCGGAUAACGUGGUCAAAGAGGAGGACAAUACCGUGUAUUUCAUCUAUGAUGAGGAGGUGGAGGAGGAGGAGAAGGAGGAACCGCCGCCUCCAGAGCCGCUCCGACCCGUCAACGACAGGCCGCACAAGUUUAAAGACCAUUACUGCAAGAAGCUGAAGUUCUGCGACGUGUGCGCGCGGAUGAUCGUGCGUGAGUUCGACGGUCAAACGAUGCUCGCGCGUUUCGCUCUCACGGUUAUAAAUCUCGCUUUUGUCUCUCUGUGUCUUCUAGUCAAUAAUAAAUUUGCUCUGAGGUGCAAAAACUGCAAGACCAACAUCCAUCAUCAGUGUCAGAGCUACGUGGAGUUUCAGAGGUGCUUCGGCAAGAUUCCUCCAGGUUUCAGACGGGCGUACAGUUCUCCGCUCUACAGCAGUCAGCAGAACGCCACCGUCAAGGAGCUGCUUCCGUUCUCUCAGACGAAUCGCACUGAUCCGGUGUACGAGACGCUGCGUAUCGGUGUCAUCAUGGCCAACAAGGAGCGCAAGAAAGCGUCUGAAGACAAGAAGAACAUGAUGAUGAUGAUGAUGGAGGAAGAGGAGACUCAGCCGAAAGCAGAGGAAGGUGCUGAAGAGGAAGCAAAAGAAGGAGAAAAGACAGACAAAGCAGCAGCAGAAGACAAGAGUAAGAAGCCUCAGCCGGGUAAACUGGGCGUUUUCUCUCAGUCUCAUUAUUAUCUGGCUCUGUAUCGCUUCAAAGCCAUCGAGAAGGACGACCUGGACGUGCAUCCAGGAGAUCGAAUCACCGUGAUCGAUGAUUCUAACGAGGAGUGGUGGAGAGGAAAGAUUGGGGAUCGAUCAGGAUUUGUUCCGGCCAACUACAUCAUCCGUGUUCGUUCAGGAGAGACAGUUUACAAAGUGACACGAUCCUUCGUCGGAAACAGAGAAAUGGGACAAAUUACACUGAAAAAAGACCAGAUUGUGGUGAAGAAGGGUGAUGAGGUGAACGGAUAUCUGAAGGUCAGCACCGGACGCAAACUCGGCUUCUUCCCCGCUGACAUCUUACAGGAGAUCUGAGUGUGUGUGUGUGUGUGUGUGUUUGCUCUGAGAAAAAUCUGAAAUAUAGAAACAGUAUGUGAGUUUUGGAGUUUAAAGCAGCAUAUUUCUGCUUUAGUUGUGAUGAUGUG